UAUUGAUACAAACACAAACACAUGGUCAUAAACAAAAUGAGCUCAUCCUUGAGCUUCAAUAUCCCAAAGGCUUUGCCUUCUCUUCCUCAAUGCAAAUUCCAGCCUCUUUCCACUCAAUUAAAUAAAAAACAACCUCGUAUCUUCACUCCACACAAGAAGUCGUAUAAACUCACAAUUGUGAAUCAGAAAAAAAGUGAAGAUGGAUUCACUUUGAACAAAUCCCAUUUAGCAAUCCAAGUUGGAGCACUUUUAACAACUAUUGUGAGUGAACCGGCUUUUGCGAUAACCGGAGUAAACUAUGAAGAGGAUAUUGUGUGGGUGUUGAUACAAUCAGCCAUAUCUGCAUUCUUCUAUUUUCUAGUGGCACCACCAUUUAUCAUGAAUUGGUUGAGGACAAGAUGGUUCAAGAGAAAUCUUUUGGAGAUGUACGUGCAAUUUAUGUUUGUCUUCCUGUUCUUCCCGGGGGUGUUGCUGUGGGCCCCAUUUUUGAACUUUAGGAAAUUCCCAAGAGAUCCGGACAUGAAGUACCCUUGGUCUGUUCCCAAAGAUCCUUCUAAAAUCCGUAAUAACUAUAAAAAAUUCCCUUGGGCUACCAUUGAUGAUUAUGAAGUCUAAAUUGUGCCUUUCAUUUGUUAUGUAUCAUAAUAAUAAUAACACACAUUUUACUCCA